AUGUCGCCCUCUGUGCGAGACCGUCCGCGACAAAUGCCUGCCACUCCUCAAAGAUUUCGGCUUUUUGGAAAAAUGAUUGCAUGGCAAGUCUUAUUCUCGGAAAACAAUAAUGAGGAUAUGUGUAUGCGCGGACCGAAUGAAGAGGGUGUGAUUGCAAGGAGUCCCGAAGAGUAUGACAAAGAAGACUGUCCACCUGAGCAUAUCUACGUGAAUCGCAGUGGUCGUUGCAUUCCAAUCUGUGCAGCAGGACAAGGUAUCAAGCAGCUCGAAUGGCUUCAGAUCGAUCGCGAAUCCGCCUCAACAGCACUUUUCGUACUGUCCAUCAUCAGCCUUGUGAUCACUGCCAUUUGCGUGCUGACGUUUGUUAUGCGACGUCACUGCCUCACAGCCCUGCCAGAGACCAGUCUUCUAUGGACGGCACUUUCCUUUGCCUUGAGCUCCAUCGUCUACCUAUUCAGUCUACUCUACCGCGAACAGAUAUCCUGCACAGAUUACUCAUCACACCUGCUCUUCGUCGUCGGUGACCUUCCACACACUCCAUGCGCUUGUGUGGCAGCACUCUUGUACUAUUUUGGCACUGCAGGCCGUCUGUGGUGGCUUGUGCUUUGCUGCACAUGGAACCAGCAAACAACACGCUCAGGAAACUUGGAGAAGUACCGCGUACAAAUCCAAGUGCUGGCGUGGGCUGCACCCCUGGGUUUGGUAUUAUUCGCUCUCAUGGCCCGCAGCACAGGUGCUGAUCCACUCAGCGGAGUGUGUGUUGUUGGAGCGGCCAGCAAGGUGUUGGAUGGAGUGUUCAAUCUGUUCCGUGAUCUAGUCUUCGUUAUCGCCGCAUGUAUACCAUUGCUUGUUGGAUUUCGUGGAAUGCUUACAUCGCCGCAGGCCACAUUUGGCGCCGGACUGGAGGGUGCGUUAUACCCUGCAGCUGCGCUCUUCUACAUGCUUUCAUUCAUAAACGAUGCUUGGCAGCCGUCAAUGCACUGGACACGCAGUUGGAACAUCGUGUCAGCGCUGAAGAUACUUAUCGAUCCAAUUCUGGGAGUACUGGCAGCUUCUGCCUGCCUACUGCACAUCAUCAUCAACCUCUGCCGUGCUAUCAGGUCUCCUGUUGCUGACAAGCACGGCUACCAACCGGCUGUGCCACGAAUCCCACAGCCAGCAAUUCCUGUGAGCGUUCGUUCCCACAACACCUAUGCGACCACAUCACAACGAUUGCCUAUUUGCUAG